GCUCAGUACGUGGAAAUCGGGAUAAAACUGAAGUUGCAUUUUCUGCCGUCGCCGAAAACCAUCAUGAUUUCUGUCACUUUCCGUCAAAUUCUGGGUCUUGUUUCUCUACUGUGUGCCACGUGGCUUUACAGCCAAUGCAGACAUAUUUGGCUGCUCGCCCAGGACGAUUUCAACGAGCAAUUCACGAAUUUUUUGGGUGAAAAAUGGUGGAGCACGGAUCAGUUGGAGCUUUGUGAUGAUGAGACAAAGGACACGAAAUGGCAGAAAAAUGAUUCCAUCUGCAUCACCUACGUCUACAACAUGCUCCCGGUCGACAUGGAAAUUAUCAGUUGGGCUCCGACACUUGUGAUCUACCGUAAUCUCAUGAGCCCCCGCCAAACCGCCAGUUUCUUGAAUUUCAUCGAACAACGUGAUUUGGAGAUUCAGAAAACGUCAGAUUUCGGGACAUCGAUAGAAACGACGCAUCGACGGGCCAACGGUAGUUUUAUUCCGCCGGAAGAUUCGAAUGUUACAGUGGAAAUAAAGAUGCAGGCUCAGAAAAGGAUUCCCGGCUUGAACCUUACCGUUGCCGAACAUUUUUCGGCCCUCUCCUACCUGCCCGGUGGUCAUUACGCAGUGCACUAUGACUAUUUGGAUUACCGUAGCAAACAGGACUACGACUGGUGGAUGAACAAGACGGGAAACCGAAUUGGAACUCUCAUUUUUGUACUGAAACCUGCUGAGAAGGGUGGAGGCACCGUAUUCCCAAGUAUUGGUUCCACAGUUCGCGCCAACGCUGGAGACGCGUUUUUCUGGUUCAACGCACAGGCUGAUGAAGAGAAGGAGAUGCUCAGCAAUCAUGGUGGAUGUCCAAUCUAUGAGGGCCGAAAGGUGAUCGCGACUAUUUGGAUCCGUGCCUACAAUCAACGUAUCCUUCCGAUGGCUCCAGCUGGCUCCUCCAUACAUGCUUCGUGGCUUAUACCGUCUCUCUCAAACAGAUUCCGUCCGGAAAUGCAGACACAGUCGCCAGUGCCCAAUUGAUAUUUGUAGAACAAUUUGAAUGUUUUUUCUUUCUUUUUAAAACUCGAAAUACUGGUAAAAUUUGAAUAUU